UGAAGAAGCCACAAUCGAACAAGGUUCUUCGUCGCAGUGUCAAACUAAAUAUCAAGGAAGAAAACCUAAAGCCAACCACAUAAUCUGCACUCUAAUAAGAUUAUUGCUUGUUUAUUCAAAUUCAGCAUGAUUCAUAGUGCCAAACAACAAUUUGCUAUUGCCAUUUCUUUCUGUCUCCUGUUUCAAACCACCUGCGUUCACGGAGAUGGACAAUAUCUUCAAAGCGGCCAGAAGAUCAACCGAACCGCACCCUGGCAAUUGCAAUGGCCUUACCAUAACCACUCGCGUACUGCCCGUCAAGCCGUCGUGCCAACCACGGCCACUGAGUUUGACGACAUAUCCGCCAUAACGGCUGCCGUCAUCGGACUGACCUCUUCUAUUUUGAUUUUUGACAACCUUCGGGUCCGUUUCGUGGAUUUGAGAAGGCGAAUCAACGAGAAAACUGAUCGGCAGAACGACCUUAUCCUUCGAAUUUUCCCUGUGUGCGAGGCGAUUUUGGCAGCUCGACAAGAGGCUCCCGUGCCCAUUACUGGCAAUACAGUUGACAAUACCAACAAAAUCAACGCAUUUAUUGGACACUUUGAUGACGUCAUGACUUGUGAUGCUGAUGUAACCCUUUAGAUUUCAGUAGAACUUAUACUUAAAUAAACCUACAACCAAUAUUCUAAGUUUCUCAAAAUGUCUUCCAUAGGUGAAUCAUAGGGUUAUUUACGGUUUUGAAAUUGCCG